AUGUCUUGUGAUCUAAGUGACCCCGCCAUCACAGUAGCGUAUGAAGAGAUCAUAAAUGGUCAAGACACCGAAUGGCUUAUCCUUGGAUAUAACGAUACAAGAGAUAAGAUUUCUUUAUACUCAAAAGGUUCACAUGGACUUGAGGGGCUUCGAAGUAAUUUAAAAGAUGAAGUAUUAUAUGGAUUUAUAAGGAUUGAAAAUAAAUUUGUUUUAUUAACUUAUGUUAGUGAACAAGUCAGGUAUGAUAAUUUAAUAUUAUUAGAACAAUCAUUUAAAACUUGGUUUGCAUCUUUAGGCUGUGCAAAAGAAACAAUUCAAACUGGUCGGUUAACCUUUGAAUAA